AUGCCUGACGGAAGUGCAGUAACACUUGGAAGUGAAAGAUUUAAAGUUCCAGAAGCUUUAUUCCAGCCAAGCUUGUUAGAGCUUGAUAUUGACGUCAUGAGCGAGGCUACUUAUAAAUCAAUCAUGAAAUGUGACGAGGAUAUCUGAAGUGACUUAUACGGAAACGUUGUCAUGAAUAGAGGGUCUACCAUGUUUCCAGGAAUUGCUGAAAGACUCAAAAAAGAACUUGUAGAAAAGGCACCACUAAGUAUGAAAAUUAAAGUUGUUGCACCACCUGAAAGAAAAUACUCAGUCUGGAUUGAAGGGUCAAUUCUCUGCUCACUUUCAAGCUUCCAACAGAUGUGGAUCACCAAGGCUGAUUAUGAUGAAGAAAGAGCUAGCAUUGCUCACCGCAAAUGCUUCUAA